AUGCGCACCUCAAGUGUACUUGGUGCAACAACGAGCCUCCUCUAUGUACUCACGUCCUUAGCCUGCUGCGUCUACUACACGAGCCUCUUACAGCCCAGCUUUGCCAACGACCUCUGGUGGGCUGGCUACAACGUCUCGGGCUACCAAGCUUUUCUCAUCGAUCUCUGCAACCAGUUUCUCAUGACCAACGCCAACGGCUCGCUCGAUGUGCUCUCUGCCUCGGCCAUCGUGCCCAAGACGUACUCGACCAUCGACGCGUUCACGUCCAUCUACACGCCCUACAUGCACGACGUCCUCCUCGGCGAACUCACGUCCAUCGAGUACGCUGUGCCGCAUCUCCGAACGCUCAGCACCUACUGGUCCAUGCGCAUGAACGUGCAGCACUGCUGGGUUGACUUUAACAAAACGUUCGAGAUGGCCCACACGCUUCUUCGGCAAGAACGCUGUGAGCGCCGCUAUCGAGCCAACGCUGCCGUGUACCUCGAAGCUAUCCUGCGCAACCAGCCAUGGGACGCGUAUCUAGCGCUCUGGGCUGGAAAUGGGCUUCGCUUCAACGUAGCCAUCCAGCGUGGUCUUCAAGAGACUAUGGGUGGUCGCUCGUUUCUGGCACAGAUGGCGACAGCGGCCAACACUACGUCGGUGGCGGACGAGCUUGCCUACUGGCGGUCGUACAACUUGUCGAUAUUUGAGCUGCAGUGGCAGAGUCGGUGGCAACCUGGCGUCUCCGAGACCAUUAAAGUCUCGAAUGCACUGGGCAUUCAACAGAGCUUUACGCUGAAAGCGCUCGACCAAGUCAUGGGUCCCUGGUCGUCCCAAAACAUGUUUUGGAUGCCGCUCAACGACUUGUUCAAUGGAAUGACAAUGAACCGGAGCUUCGUCCGAGGCACGAGUCGCCACUUUGCGACCAAUAUCAGUGCAUCAUUGCCCGCCAUCAACUUGGAGACGUAUCGAGGCAUGGCCGACAGCCGCGGCAACCUUGUGGGCAAGGCGUGGGUCUUCCACACCUUUCUCGGACCAUACCUCAGCAGUGACAUUCGCUACAAGCUGCGGCCAGCACCCCUUGUCACCGCGUACAAUCGAUUUCAAGAAGUCGUCUUCACACAUCUCGCAACGUCGACAGCGAGAUUUGAAUCGUUUAGCAGUCUUCCAGUCGUUGUCUUGACACCGACGCCGUCGCGCUGGCAGGCCAACUACACCUUUUACGGGGGUGACCCGAUGUGCAUUCUUGGCAUGGGCACAUCGUACGUCCAGCAGUCGUUUGAUUUUUAUGACGACUGCUCGCAAAAGAUACCUCUCAGUGUCCAGCUGCCGCCCAUGUCCCUCCUCUUUGCUCUGCUCGCAGCGUCUACAACCUCAAGGACCUUCUCGAUCCACGCCAUCUGUGCACUCUCCACCACUCCAGACCCGUGUGUAUCGAUGCUCUCUGUAGCAUCAAGCUGGCUUCAGGAGCUACCCAUUCCAGACCAGAUCCUGUUGAUGCUCGAGUCGCUACCACCGGUGCUUCAGGCCACAGACACCAGCUUUAUGCAGUUUGCCAAAGCCUCCAAUGGCUCGUGGGUGCUCUUGCAGCAGCCGCUGCUGAGCGCUCGGGACGAUCCCUGGACGUUCUAUGGCUGGUGCUUUGCGGCCGACUGGGCCACUGGCAUUCGCCAAGCCGCCUCGUUUGAAGGCGACGUGUCGUCCAUCGUCCUUCUCUCCAACGCAUAUACGAGCCAGCACUAUGUCACGAGUGGCCAGCCGCUGGAGACGGCGACACGCAUGGUCUACUACUCUGUCGUUGCGAGUUCGGUCUGCCUUGUCAGUGUCGGUGGACUUGCAUUGCUCUACACGCUUUACAGUCGCUUUCACAUCACGGGCCGCAAUCUGCUCUGUUUCAACCGGCUCGUGGGCUCGGUCUGGGCCGGCCGCCAACUUAUGCUCAUGCGCGGGACCAGCGCCAUCUUGAUUUUGAGCACGGCACAACCAAAACUGGUGGCACAAUUUGGCCAUAGCCGGCUUGUCGCGAGUGCGCGCUCAGUCUGGGAGACGGGUAUCGUGGCCGGCGAAGCCACGUGGGUAUCGUACUGUCUGCAAGAGUACCUUGUGAUAGCGCUUCCAACUGCCUUGACGAGGCUCUACGGCCCAUGGACGAACGCGCUAACGUGGCUUACAAUAGUCGUAUUGGACAUCUCGUCGCCGGUGCAGACGACUAUCGAGCUGAACCGCGCUUGCGUCGGUGGUGACAUGGACUAUGGUCUUCUCUGCACCGCGGGGGCCAUCUCGAUUGGGAGCUUGUCGCGUCUGCUCCUUCUAUUCGGCCUGCAGGUCGGCCUCGUGCUGAUUUUGAUCAUGCUUAUUUAUGGCUACCAGCAUGCGUCAUGUUGCAUGUCUUUCGGCGGUGAAUGCGAAGCCAACGACAAAUAUGACGAUGCAAGCUUGCUCAUGUCGGGCAUGUCUCGAGCGCUCGUCGUCCCCGAGGAGGCAACGAAGCACUUGUAUGAUGCCGUGACCUGUGUGCUCUGUGGCCUCCUUCCGCUUCGGCUGCGCGGCCGCCGGCGUAUCUUUGACCUCAAGCUAUGGAGCUUCCUUCCCGACACGAUAUCGACGACGAGGCAUCACACGGUGUCGCCCGAGCACUGCAUGGUCGUCCCGGCGCGCCCAAUACAAAUGCCGCCCCCGCCGACGUUAGACUUGAUCAAAACUGCCGUUGACAGCAGGCGACGCUGGUCUGUCGCGUCAGCACUCCUCGGUCUUUUCUAUAUGGUGUGUGUCAUUGCGAGCUCCGUCUCGUACUUUGAGAUCUCCAAAGUCAACUUAGCCAACGACCUGUAUUGGCCCCAUUUUAACGUCACGGGGGCUCAUGCGUUUUUCGCCAACUGGCUCAACGAACAGCUCAUCUUGCGCGCCUCGAUACAAAACAUCGCACUGGAUGAUCCGAGCAUCAACCUCCUUGGGUCGUUUGCGGCACCGACAGCCUACGUCUCGACCGUCCACAACUAUGGCACUUGGCUCCAGCACAGCGAAUUGAGUUCGAUCGAAGCAUCCAUUGCGGGCCUUCGCGUCUCGGAUGCAUGCAACGCGCCCUGGAUCUUUUCACCGUACUGCUACCUCGACUGGAAGAAAACGUGGCCCAUGGCGUACUCGCACCAGCGCCAAAUGCGAUGUCAGAAGAUGGAGACGAAUGCUGCCGUGUACCUCGAGUCGGUGCUGCGCAACAUUGACUGGGCGACCUUUGAGUUUUGCUGGGGCAACGCCUUUGAGACUGCAUUUGGUUCGGAUCUGCGGCAAUCGUCCGAAGGUGUGGAAUGGCUGCAUGCCGUAUCCAGCGAGCGCCUGUUACUCCAAGACGAGGCAACCAAGUGGCGUCAGCACAAUCUAUCAGUCUUUCAAGUGCAGUGGCAAAACUACAAGCGCAUUGGAGUCUUCAACAGCUACUCGAUCGUCAACGCCUUUGGUAUUUCGUACCCUAUGCAAUUGAUGGCUCUCAACGGCAGCUACCGCUGGAGCAGUCAGACAACGUACAAGAUGUACUGGUCGCUCGCCAACGAUCUCUCAGCGAUCGUGUCCAACACCAGUGGUAUUGGUGGCCUCAGUCUUAUGCGAACGAGUCCUCGGUUCGCCUUUACAAAUACCUCGCUGCAGGCCGUCUUGACGACCAACUUGACAUUGAUGUCGCCGUUGGCCACUGCGUUAGCCCUUGUCGCAGAGUCCAUUGGUCCGUUUGGCGUCACGGACAUGGUCUACAUCCGCGUUCCAGUUGCGGUUAGCAGCCUCGUUCGCGACAUUCUUCACAUGGCACGCUUAUCUAUGGGGCAGUCGAUCCUCGCCCAAGCUGCCUUCAACAAGAUCACACCUUUGAGCACAUCGUACCCGACUCCGAAAAAGUGGGUUACGCCCAAGUACGGCUCGUUCGGCGGGUCCCCUCUCUGCCAAGAGCUCAUCUCGAGCAAGGCGGUCUCGAAUGGGUUUGCUUGCAUGCCAUCCUACGACCUACCAUGUCUGCCGACGUUGCCGGCACAGAGCAAGGUCCUUCCAACACGGCAACACUACAUCGUGUCAGCGAUUCUCUCGGGUCUCAGCGCGUCACCACCCAGUGACUACCGCUCCCUCUGCUCGUUUGACCCAUCGAAUCUCGCCCUCUGCCUCGUCUACCUCAAUCACACCAUGCACUUUAUUCGGACCUACAUGCCAACAGCCAAUGCGUCAUUGACAUCCAUCGCUGCGUCAACCAAUGCAUUAGUCCACAAUCUGAACAUUGAGUUUAUGAUUUUUGCAAAAGUCAACGCGUCAGCGCCACUCGCACUGCUCCACACCAACCUCCUCGACCCAAGCGAAGUCGGCUUUGGCUUUCUUGCAUGGACGUACCUCUACGACUGGGUUCUCGGCCACCGCGAAGUCAUCUCGUUCCAAGGCGACUCUGGAACGCUCAAUCUCUUGACCGACCUCCAACUCCCGCUACUCCAGCAAGCGCAGCCGUGGAUGCUCACCCAAGCGUUCGCCACGUACUGCCGCGGCGGUGUGUGGUAUGUCACAUUUCUCAUGCUCUCCGUCUCGGCGCUCGCUUGCGUGUAUGUGCUUGCAUCCCGCGGGCACUUUGAGGGACUCAACAUGCUCGAGCUCUCGCGGGUCGGCGGUAUUGUCUGGGUCGGCCGGCCGCUUCUCUUUCUUCGUUCCCUGACAGCGCUCUGCCUUCUCUCCACUGCCACGCUGGAGCUCCAAACCUCUGGCUACCGCAGCUACUUUGCCGCCGUGCCCACGCCGUGGUACACGAUCGCACUCGCGGCCGGCGAGGUCACAUGGCUCGUCUCGGUCGUCAACGACAUUGCUCUUGUAUUUACCAAAGAGUACUCGAUGUACUACACGACCGCCAAUAGCCUUCUCGUGUGGCUCAUUGUCGCGAGCCUCGCUGGCGCCAUCCCCGUCGACGCCACGCUCGCGCUGUCGCCACAUUGUCAGUUUGUGCAGUUUGAUUUUCUAAUCGCCUGCGAUGCCGGCGAGUUGGUGAUUGGGCAUCUGAGCCGCUUGCUUGCGCUGAUUGGUAUCGUGAUUGCGUGCAAUAUUGUCUGCUACAGUGCCGUCCGGCGCUGCAUGCAUCGCCCGAAAGGCUGCGUGACAUCGCUCUUGCUCUCGAAUGGGGCCAAGUAUUUGUUUCUGCACGACGGUCGCCUCCGUGGCGACGUCUACUACCUCGAUCGAGCCUCCGCAGCCGUCGCCGGCAUCGUCACACUGCGCCUCGGACGUGUUUUCUAUGCCCUCGACAUUAAGCUCUGGCGGCUCGUUCCGGUAGCACUCCCAUUGACCAAGCUCGAGAGCCCGCUGCUUGACGCCGCCUUGCCCCUCCUCAACUCACCGCUGUAA